GCAGAGCAGAGCCCAGCCCCGCCCCACACACAAAUGGGACCAUGAGCUCCAGCCACAGCUUCAGCCAGAUCCCCUCUGGCUCCCUCCCUGGCACCAGAAGUGGCUGGGGCAGGCCGGGGGGCUUCCCCCGGGCUCCCAGCGUCCAUGGGGGUGCAGGGGGCGUCCGCAUCUCCCUUUCCUUCACCUCCCCAAGCUGCCUGCCCCCUGGAAGGUCUUGGGGGUCCGGAAGAGGCAGCUCCCUCCUAGGUGGAAAUGGGAAGGUGACGAUGCAGAACCUCAAUGAGCGCCUGGCCUCCUACCUGGACAAGGUGCAUGCUCUGGAGGAGGCCAACGUGAAGCUCGAGAGUCGCAUCCUGAAGUGGCACCAGGAGAGAGAUCCUGGCAGCAAGCAAGAUUAUUCCCAGUAUGAGGAGAACAUCAGCCGCCUGCAGGAGCAGAUAGUGGACGGGAAGCUGACCAAUGCUCAGGUGUUUCUCCUCCUUGACAACGCCAGGAUGGCAGUGGACGACUUCAACCUCAAGUACGAAAAUGAACACUCCUUCAAGAAAGACUUGGAAAUUGAAGUGGAGCGUCUCCGAAAGACCUUGGAUGAUCUAACCAUUGUCACAACAGACCUGGAACAGGAGGUCGAGGGGUUGAGGAAAGAGCUCAUCCUCAUGAAGAAGCGCCAUGGGCAGGAAAUGGAGGGACAGCACGUGCCAAAUGACUUCAAGGUCAAUGUGAAGCUGAAUACAACCCCAGGGGAAGAUCUGAUUAAGAUCCUGGAGGACAUGAGGCAAGAAUACGAGUUUAUGAUAAAGAAGAAGCAUCGAGACUUGGAUGCCUGGUAUAAAGAGCAGUCAGCAGCCAUUGCCCAGGAGACCGCCAGUCCCACAGCUGUGCAGAGCAACCAAGGCAACAUCCAUGAGCUGAAGCGCACUUUCCAGGCCCUAGAGAUUGACCUGCAGGCGCAGCGCAACAGGAAAUCUGCUUUGGAAAACAUGUUAUCGGAGACCCAGUCUCGGUACUCCUGCCAGCUCCAGGACAUGCAACGCAUCAUCUCCCACUACGAGGAGGAACUGCUGCAGCUGCGCCAUGACCUGGAGCGGCAGAACAGCGAAUACAAGGUCCUCCUGGGCAUCAAAACCCACCUCGAGAAGGAAAUCUCCACCUACCGCCAGCUGCUGGAGGGCGAGAGCCAAGGAACAACAGAGGAAUCUAAGCUGAGCGCAAGAGCGGCUGUAGUGCCCAAGAUCAAGACCAUCACACAGGAGAGCAUCAAUGGAAGAAUAAUUUAUUCUCAAGUGAAUGAGAUCCAAAAGUAUGCAUGAGGCUAAUAAAAGUUUC